ACUAAAAUUAAAAAUGAGGUUAUCUUUGGAGGUUAUGUUAAUAAUUUCAAAACAAAAACAGACCAAAGACAAAACAGUACCCAAAUAAAAUAUGACUGAUACGAAUUCUACAAACUUGUCAGAACCCGAUAGUAGAUAUAGUAAAGAAUUUAGAUGGAAAGCUGGAUUAUUCUUGGGAAGCGUAACUGGCAUAUCUGCUUUAGUUGGGUUUGGAACUACGAUUGCUGCGGCAAAGAGGAAAGAUCCAGAAUUUUUCAACAAAGGAAUGAUACCAACAUCUAAAGUGGUAGACAGUGGAUCCCAAUUGGCUUUAAGAGCUCUUGGUUGGGGUACUUUAUAUGCUUGUACUGGAUGUGGUUUGUUAUUUUACUCAAUAUGGAAAUUAUCUGGGGCUAACAAUAUGCAGGAAUUCAGGAAUAAAAUGGGAUCUCUGUUACCGAAAAUUCCUAAAAAUAAUCCACCCAUUGGCAGAACAGAGUUCAGUGGCCUUAAUGAUCUUUUGGAUUAUGUUCAGCACCUGAAAAGUGCUAAAGAUAAAUGAAAACAUUUUCAGAAUAGAAUAUGUAAUAUAUACAAAAAUUAGAAUAAUUUUUAGAAUUUUAA